AAGCAAAGCACCGCAGUCGCCGAACCAGAACCCCUUCAGCACAACCGCCUUCCAGAGCUGGCUCGGCACAAUCUAGGUUGGUGUAUCAUCAUCCGUGCGUCGUUGCGUCUUCUCGCGCCCCUCAAACAGGGAGUUUGAUUGCCCUACCAACUACGAGUACGGUCGAAUCCUAAUGCCCCUCCUCUGCCGUGGGAAGCAGCAUCCUCCCAGCCCCUGAGACGGCAGAAAAGAAAAACCACGCGCGCCGUUGAGAAAGGUCUAGAAUUGAGAUUGUGGCCAGGGGAGCAAAGGACCCUGGGAAUCCUUCGCAUCCCAUGUGUUGGAUUGCCAUCUGCCAUCUGGACAGCAAAUCGCCCUCCAUGGAACCGCUAAGCCCGCGUCGAGUGCUUUGGGGGUGCAAUAUGGGCUGGCGUCUCAAUCAAUGGACCUCUAGCGACGAUAGGGUUCGCGGCGGUAAAUCACAGUCCUAUUUGGAUAGCCGUGGCACGGCCGCCUGUUUCCAUGGCACUCUCGAUAUCACUACCCUGGGCGGGGCGGGCUUUGCCUCUCAGCGGACGGCUGGCGACCAUCUACACUGGGACCUGAGUUCCUUUGCGGGCGUCGAGGUCUCGAUCGAUCCAUCCCAGUCCGACGACAAGGUCUACACGCUGAUCCUUAAGGACGAGAUACUUCCUCCCAACGCGUCCAACGGCCGUGAACAGGCCACGACAUCGUGGGAGUAUGAUUUCUCAACAUCCAACUGCCGCCCCAAGAUCGACAGCCCUAUUCCGUCGUCGUGCCAGUCUGUCUUCAUCCCAUGGGACCACUUUAAACCCACAUACCGUGGCAAACUGGCCAGCACACCUCAGGGCCUGGACUUGAGCAACAUCAGGAGGGUCAGCAUCAUGAUUAGGAGCUUCUUUGGAUCGCAGCACGGGGAUUUCCACUUGCACGUCCUGUCCAUCGUCGCGGCCUCGACCGCUAAACCCGCAAAGAUGCCGCCAACGGUGGCGAGCAACGGCCAGCAAGAUGCCCAGGUCGCCACCGAAGCUGCUGUAUCAGGAAACGGGACAAGAGAUGGAUGCUAAUGUCCCUGUGGAGGCC